GAUCUUGUUAUGGCCGAAAUAGUUAAAGUCAACAUAGAUAAUAUCAAUUAUACUAGUGAAACCGAUGUUAAUAAUAUUGAAUAUGCUAACGAAGCCAAAGAUACAAGCUUUAUAACAGAAGUAGUUAAUAUCAAUCAUGAUGAACUCAUUAAUAAAGCCGAAGAUACUAAUUUAUCAAUACCUUCCAAUGAAGUUGCAAAAUUUACAGAAAAAAUUAAAUUAUCUGAUAACUCAUCUGAAGACUCAUCCGAAGGCUUAUCUGAAGACUCAUCCAAAGAUGAAGUUGAUAGUGACAAAGAAAAUCAAGUGUUCAUACUGCUGAAUCCUAAAAAAAGGCGCGGAAAAGGUCGACCACCAGGCACUAAGCGGCUUAAAUCAGCAU